AUAUUUGUCGGAGUUGAAAGAAAAUGUAAACAAAACUAAUUUUUCGUGUGCUCGUGCAAAAAGUUACAAAAUUGUUUUCGUGAUUUUUAAUUGUUACAAGACCGCUUCAACAUGCCUUCCGAUCAAAUCCAGUACUCGGAGAAGUACUACGACGAUGUAUACGAGUAUCGCCAUGUAAUACUCCCGCAGGACCUCGCUCGGAACGUUCCUAAAUCCCACUUGAUGACCGAAACGGAAUGGCGCAAUCUGGGCGUUCAACAAUCGCCUGGUUGGGUUAUGUACAUGAUGCAUGCUCCGGAGCCACACAUCCUUCUGUUCCGGCGACCACGAACGGACGGACCCCGGAAGAUGAACAGCGUUGCGGGACCUUCCGGGACCAACCCUUCUAAGAAGGCAUCGCGACUGACCGCAGUUUAAAAACGAAGGAUGUACCAAUUUUUGAGAUUUCCCUAACAACCGAUCCUUUCCCACUUUUUUUAUAAAUACAUAUAAGUUACAGUAAGCCCACAGAAUUGGAAACCCCUUCCAAGUAAAUUUCUUUCGGAUUAAAAUAACGAACGUCAAAACGUUUUAUUUCUUGGUUAUGUAUAUUUUCUUUUAAUGAAAAGUAUAAAUAAAAUUCAAUAAAUUUUA